GUAAUAACCAGGAGGUCAUCAUCCGGGCUGCUCUCCAGGCUCGUCUCCACCGGGUUUCUGAAACAGAACGGCGUGCUGGCUCCUCGCACUUGGCCACUGCUGUCCACGUAACAGAACUGAUAGAACUCGAUCUCAUCUUUGGGCAGGUAGUAAUCUGACAAAACGAGAGACACGCACCUUUAAUUCACCUUUCCGACUAUCACUGUGCUUUUGAUACGUUGCCAAAUUGUUGGAUUUUUGGUAUUGACUGAAAUGGUCACUGACAGUCCUGUAACUCUGUCUUCAGGGUGAAAAUAAGAACUAAAAAGAGACAUCUAAAUAACGUGACUGUUUUUUACUCUUUUUAUCAGUAGGUUGGGUCAUAUGGUCCAGACACCAGACACUUAGUUAUUAUUUAGAUAAAUAGAUAGAUAGAUAGAUAGAUAGAUAGAUAGAUUUUCACUUACAUCUAUUAAUUCUUUCGUCUGUAAAAUGUGCAAAUCUUUUAAAUUAAAUUAAACUUCAUUAUAAAAUAUUAGCGAUCAAUAUUAAAGCUCCUGUGAGGAGUUUUUUGACCUUUAUGAAAAAGGGAUUUUAUUCAUGAUGAACAAAAACAAACAAGACUGAAGAUUCUUAUGUUGUAAUUUUUAAUCCCUGAAACUGGUUCAAGCGGGGCGGUGUCAGCCAUAACAGCCUGUUGUUUACACUAACUCUCAGUUCCUCAUUCAUCCAGGCAUUUAUUACACUGUCAAGUUUUCACAAAACAACCUUUAAGUUCAGAAAUAUAUACAUUUUUGAACAAAUAGCUGCUUUAAAAACCUCUCUAGCUGCUUUAAUUCCUCUUUGAGCAGUUUAAUAACAAUAAAUCUAAAAUAUCUCAUCACUAAAAAAUACAAAAACCUUACAGUAAAUUAAAAUAAAGAGCUGAUUAGCUUGCCAUUAUCUAAUUACUGUGAAACAACUGGAUACAUUGACUGUAUGUGAAAGCGAAACUAGAGGCUGAGCUGAUGUAUUGAUAAACCCCUACAACCUAGUCUAACUAAUAAAAAAUAAAGUGUAAAUAAAAUGUCCUUAUCUCUUUAUCUAUAAGAAACUAUAAUUAAUGACCCUGUGUUGGACACGUCAGCUUUGUGGACAACAGUAUCUAACUUUAGGAUCAGACUGGCCCAGAUAUGAAGGCCCUGAGAGUCUGUGUCAACAACACUGAGCCAGAGGAUCAGACUUACGUAACGUCAGCUCAUGAAAACAGAUUGAAGAGUCAGCGGUGUAAAGUAAAGCUUCGACUGUUUACACAUCAGACCCAGAGUUUUCAGAAGCCCCUGACAGGACGUGUACGUAACAAAUAUGACCAAACUUCACCCUGUACAAAAGUGAAACUGGGUUUCUUACCCUUAAAAAUAGCCUGCCGUGUCACUGACUGCUGGCCUACCACAUCCAAGCACGGCUCCACCCACACAAAGGUAUGAUAGUCUUUUGUUGUGCUCCACCCCACCUGUAAAAGAAUUCAGAGAUAAACAUGAGGAGUUGACCAGUCUUGGGUUUUCAGUGUUACAGUAUUAACUAUGAUUCCUCUCCAGUGUUUAUUCAGGUCAUUGGAUGAGUGAAAACUGACCGAGUAGCACAUUUUUUAUUCACUCUAUUUUCUCAGUCAUAAGUAAAAUAAAACUGCAUGACUCAUAAUUAGUCAUAACAGUAUAAGAAGUUGUUUAAUGAGACUCUAAAAGGCUCAUUUACCUUAAAAACCCCCACCCAGUCCCUAGGAUUUGGCUGUAAGGUCUCAGUGAGGGUGUAGCCGCAGGUGAUGGAGGUUGCUGGUGGGUAUGACUUAGGGAUGUCCGUGAACACCACCUGGGAAAAGCUGCGUGCUGCAGGGUCAGCUGCCUCUUUAGGGAUCUCCAUGCUGAGUAAAUAUGAUAAGACUGAUGAGGAAACAACAUUUCAUGAGUCUGACUGAUGACAGCAGGUGCGACAAGCUGAUCUGUGUCCUCAUACCGAGCAGAAGCGCUGUGGUCUAUGAUUAAUACUUCCUGAUCAUGUUUUUAUGUUAUCGCGCACUUCAAAUCUGGAUUUUCACCUCCUCCCAAACUGAAUAUAUAUCCACACCUGAGUUAAAGACGCUGUUAUAGCACUAUAAAAGUUAAAAACAAAUAUGAUAAUGAUUCCCUUUGCUGAGAAAUGACUGAAAAUCUGUUGUUGAUGGUUUUAUUUUCAGGUGGCUUUGCGAAUAACAAUCAUAAAGAAACCGAAAGUUAGAAGAGGUCAAGAUAACACCCGAUAAGACUUUAAAAGUUAUUCUUCUGCACAAAUGACUUAUUUUAACAUUGACUUUGUUGAUAAAGCUUUAAAAAAAGAUGAUAAAGUUGGGAUUAAACAGUAAACUCACAUGUUUGCGGUCACUUGACGCAGCAGCACCGAUCGGCCGUCAGCUCCACUUACUGGAAUCAGGCGCUGUGCUGAUGCGUUCAGGUGCAGCUCGGAUAUUAGUACUGCCGAGAGUUUCAAUACGACACAGCACUUCCGGCUCAUGAAGUCCGACUGAAAAAGAUUAAGUUUUCAGAAACUUUUUAAAAAUAUCGUAAAAAUCUGUAAAGCAGACUAUUUAAGCCUUUUCGAAACUUGAAGACUUUUAGGUAAUGUGAAAUUAUUUGUAAAUAUUUUUCCCAUUUGUUUUGGUCUUUGAAAAUAUUUUUUGUGAUCUGCGAAAUGUUUGUUUAAUGAUAGAAACUAUUUUAUAAUUUUAUUUUCGAGGUAUUCUUGCAUUUCAUACGAUUUUUUAAUGUUUUUUUAGAAUUUCUCUCAAACUUUAUGAGAUAUUUGUGUGUUCAGUGUAAUAAUGUUUGUAUUUUAUUCAGUGACUUUGAAUCAAAAAUGUUUUUGCAUUUGACCUAGAAGGCUACCGUAGCUGACAUAUUUUGAAUAACCAUUUGUUAUAAUUAUAGACUGUAUAUAGAAUAGUAUAUACAGUAUAAUACUAUACAUAAUAGUAAAGUAUAUAUAUAUAUAUGUACUGUUAGUAUAUAUAUAUGUAUAUGUAUUUAUAUGUAUAUAUAGUAUAUAAUAGUAUAUAUUAGUAUUUGUAUAUAUAGUAUAUAAUAGUAUAUAUUAAUAUAUACAGUCUAUGGUUAUAAUUUAUUGACCUAGUAUAAACUCUAAAAACAUUUUUUAUUUAUCAUAAAAUUCUGUUAUUCGUUUCUAUAGCCAACAACAGACAAAAAUAGUAAAAAAAAACGUAAAUCUUGAUAAAGUCAAAAAUAUGAUCAAAGCAGGUGAAAACAACUUUUGCAGUUCUAAACGUAAAAAGUGAUAAUGUCAACAAACAGUGUAAGGUCAUGACAAAAAAGCUUACAUUAGUCUCUACAUGAGCUACUAAAUGAAAAUAAAAUCAGUUGUUUGUAAACUAUAUGUCAUCUAUAUAUCACUGUAGAAAUAGGAUUUAUUUAAGUCAACUCAAAAUCCACAAACACAACUGCUCAUAACUUAAUCGUUAAUCAGUUGCAAGUGCGCUCAAUUUAAAAGAACGAGUGUCUUAUUUCCGAUUUUACUUGAAGGAGUCGGCUCUUACAUUGUUCUUAAAGAAUUCGGCUGCAUCAUGGGAAAUGUAGGCCUCAUUUAACAACUCUACUUUCUCUUUUCUGCCGUGUGAAAUAUUAACACAAGAGGGAGCCACACUCUUCACGUUAUUUCUCCCUGUAAAUAUGUGAAAUUUGAACUUUAAUGUUUUAGUAAAGGGCUCUUUUUAGAUGAAAUCAAACGGGAGAAGCUUCAGUUCUCAUCCCUGUUAACAAUUCAAACGGUAUAACUUGAAUAUUAAAGAGUUCGAAUAAUACUCUUAUAUAUCAGGCUACGUACAACACCUAAAAUGUAUGUAUUUAAUGUAUUUAUACUAAAACAAAAACUUAUAAAAAUGUAUGAUUAAUUACCUUUCUAAAAUGAGGAGGAAAACUCACGUAAAAUGUGUCAUUUCUCCUUUUCAGAUUCGAUGAGACAACCGUAAUUUUUUUUUUACAGCAGGUGCACCUGUAGUUCAUCCUGUGACAUCCUCUAUUACCGUUGGGCCAAGGACCAAUCAGACAACAGAACUCUCACACUGCUCGCUUUUGAUUGGCUCGUUGUUCAAUAGGGCCGUUCCACUGAAGGGGCACGCGCGUGUGUAACUCGAGUUCAUUCAUGUUUACAUUUGUAAGGUAACGUCUUUUUCGUCCUUUCAAGACCCGAAAACUCACCGGAAACAACCAAAAAUUGAGGAAAAGGAGCGUAUUAUUCGUAUUUCUGGUCCGGUACAAAGAAUGGAAAGUAUUCCUAGAGGUAAAGACAUGUUAAAGGGGGUUUCCGUCGUAAAAAAGUGGUCAACGUUUCUCGCGAGCCGUGGGGAAGUCAGCAUUACGUUACCAUAGAAACAGCACUGUACAUAUAGCAUAUAUGCUAGCUUAAAGUCACGCGUUAGCAGCGAAGUUAAGCUUGUUUUCUUGUUAAAAUGUGAGAUAUUUGACAAACACAAACGUUCAGACAGGGUCGCUACUUUUAAAGUGUAAAUUAUUGAUUCUUUGGGGUAAAAUACGGACAAGUUUCCUCUUCAUGGAGGCUCCUGAUCUCGAUGGGGAGGGAGGGUAUUUAGCUGAACCGCUGUAUUAACUUGAUUAAUGUAUACAAGAUUAGUCUUAUAAGAUAUAGAAGUACUUGAAAGACUACAGCUGCAAAGUAGUAGUUGUAAAGUUAAGUUAGCAAGAGAUGUAAUCAGCUGGUAUACGUUUUAAUAAUGGUUUGUUUGUAUGUGUUCAACUUUUUAGCAGAAAUGUAGUCGUUAUCCAUGGAUGUUGGGCAGGUAGGUUUCACUAUCUAAGAACUUAUACUAUAUUAUAUCACUUAUAUAAUAUCUUCUAAUAGUCUUAAGAGACUGUUGAUGUUUUUAAGAAGAGGCUCAAGACUCUCCCUUUUAACCAGGCUUUUUACUAACUGCCUUUUUCUAUUUCUCUUAUAGCAAAUGUUCACUUUAAUCAAAGUUCUUAAUGUUUCUUUUAUGUAAUCUUAUUAAUUAUCUCUGUUCUUAGUCUUUUUUUUUUAACUCCCUCCUUAGAGGUUUUUACUCCUUUUACCCUUUUUAUAUGGUAAAGAGUUCUUUUACUCUUUCUUUUUACCAUUUUUAUCUUUUAUUUCCAGUGUUUCCUAAAGUUCGCUCUUUCCUCACGCAACGUCUCGGUGUCAGGCCAUGUCUCUUUAACAACAUAUCUUAAAUUCUCACCCUGUGUGUGCUUGUGUGUGACUGCUUGUGUGUGUCUGUGUGUGAGUCCAUGGGUGGGUGGGUGGGAGGGUUGGGUUUUAUUGUUGUUUAAUUGUUGAUUUUAGCCUCUAUGAGGCACUUUGAGCUACAUUUUUAUCAUACCAUAUAUCUACAUUUUAUCUUACCAUAAAAAUAAAGUUGAAUUUGAAUUUAAUUUUGGUAAAGGAAAAAAAUAAUUGCUGUUGCCGUUAAAGCUGAUACCAGGUCAACUUAGGUUCUGCUACAUCUUUCUUUUCUGGUUUUGUUGAUGAGUUUUCAGGCGUAAUAAUUUCGUCUUAGUUAACAAGAAAAGUUAGAAGUCGAGGAGCUGCCUUAGUUUUUAAAUAAUAAAUUUCUGAUUACAUUGAGCAGAGUUUGGAAUUGCUACCAAAUAAUUUAAAAGAAUUGCACAUCCAAGUUUGUUCUGAGACUUAACUUAUCCACAAAACUUUUUUGAUAACAUACCUGGGACUUUUUGUUUCCUCUUAUUGAUAAAAGAAUGAGUACAUUAUCAUUUCCUAUCUACAUUUAAUGUCUCCAUAAAAAUACACCACUGUGACAUUAAAUUAUAAUUACAUUGCUCUGUAAUUGUAUGAGAGCUCGUGUUGCUCGUGUAACUCUCUCUUUUACAGGCACACAAAGGGUUUGCACAAACCUACAGUCAUAAUGUUUAAUAAUUGAAUUAGUAACUGAUAUCAAAGCUGGGAGAUUAGUAAGUGAUCUCUCAAGCAUUGUAAGGACAACAACAGGGACAUAAGUGAGUGUGGAAGAGAGUACGGUGUUAACCACUGAAUAAUUGAUGUAGAUUAUGUUGAUUAGUUAUUGCUCAACCUGUUAUAUUCAGUCUUUGUUCAUCAUACUGAUAACUGUGUGUUUUGACAUCCGGGCGACGUGUUUGUCUGCUACCUGUCUCACCAGCAAUCCCCCUCCUACCAGAGCUCCAUUUUUAAUGUCCGCAGUGGAAAGCUCAGCUCCAAUUGGGGAUUCUCCAUUUCAUCUUGGCUCAGACGAUAGAUGUCCAGCCCGUUCACUUACACCACAAAACGCUUUUCAGCACAGAUUUAAAUUUAACAACUCUGGGUGUUGAAAAACACUUCUCCUAUUUCAGCUAACAAAUAUCAGGGAUUAUCCCUCUCUGCUCGCUCCCCGCUGAGGUCCACCACUCAUUUUCUCUCCAUCAUGUCAGGAGGGAUCAGGUGUUUUGUCCCCUCACCUUCUAAUUGGUCACCAGAUCCACUGCUGGGCUUGUUGCUUGAAUGUGUGUAAGUCAAUCUGAACUAGGCCAUUCUGGUGCUGAUACAAAUCUACUCUCUUUUUUUUUUUACAGGCAGACAGUGCUGGAGGACAAGAUGUGUCUUACUGGUUUGUGUGCUCAGGAGUGUGAUAGUGUCAUAAAGGGCUCCUGAGACCAAGAUUGGUGUCGAGGCGACAAAGGAGUGAUUGACGAGGUCAGCAGCAUUGUUGCCACGGAUGUGGGCUUAACAGCAGGUGAGUAAAAGCAACUAAUCAAAGAAGACUUCAAACUUCGCUAACAAUACUUUUCCCUGGUCGUUGUAAUGGUAGAUGUGCUGUUGUAAAAAUAUGUUCCUUUAAUUUUUUAAGUGUAUUUUUGUGCACAUACUGUAUGUAAACACGUGAAGACAGAUCAGAAGUGAAAGAAAGCUGAAUCAACGCUAAAUAUGAUCAUUUUCAUUAAUGUGUCAGUCUGAAUUGAUUCUAGACAAGUUUAUUUAAUGUGAUUUGACUGAAACAAGAAUGACUUUCAGUAGAGUUUUGGAGUCUGUUAAUGGUGGUCACCAUAUUGGAAAUGCUGACUCAGCGUUACUUUUGGUUAACCCAGUAAGAGACAAAGAGGUGAAGUUAAGGUCAAGGUUCCUACGCAAGUAUGGAAGUAAUUAGAUCAAUUUCCAGGUCUUAAAAAGUAUGGUGAAUGAAAAAUAAUGUAUGGAAAAAUAUUUAUGUUUCAAGACUUUUACCACAGUCAUAAAAUUCUGUUUUCUAAAAUUGCAAAGUAGGUAUUUCAAAAAAUUAUUCGAGUAAGUAGGGUAUGGAAAAGUAUGGAAAUUCGGAUUGUGUAGCAACCCUGUAGGUGGACCCUUCCCACUGAGCUUUUUUUGGUCUAAAAGAGGUCGAAUAGACGUCUAAAUGUAGCCGAGACGACUGGUCUAAAAUCAGGCCACCGCAGGUCUAAAACUGAAAGUUUAGACUAGCCGGCUAACAGAGGUCUAACUGUAUAUUGCUUUACAGCUAUCAUAAUUAUUUUGGUUAAAUACUUGGAGAUCAGGUAUGCAACUCACAGUCGCUUUUUUAAAUAAAUAGUGAUCGACUAAUGGGUUAAAGUGCAAUGUCUAAAUUUUGUCUAAAAAUAUACAGAAUCUAGACGGUUGAAAUUAGGUCUAACAAAAUACUAGAUGUCGACGUAAAAAAAAAUCAUUUCUUGCACAGUGUUUAAAAAUAGAGAAAAGACCUGUUCAGUAAAAUUGACUGUAAAUACGUUCAUUUUUACUGUAAAGAUGGGCUGCUUGAACAGGUGUGUACAUAACCUUUGGUGCUUUUGCAGCCAGCCUCAAGUAGAAACUGCAGUUUUUAGCACUUCUGCAUUGGCUUCGAUCUAGACUUGAGGUUUUGCCUUGUUUGCACUCACCACUCUGGAUAAGAACACCUUUAUGCGCAGGUGUAUGGUGUCCUUCAGCUGAAAAAUAACCUCUUUGUUUGUUUGGCUCUGCAGUUUAUUUUAAAGCAGAUGAGAGAACACUCGGCGCCAGCUCUACGUGCCAAGAUGUAGUCUGAAUUUAAAAUGCGAUGUCAUGACACUGAGCAAUGAACAAAGUCUUUUACACUGAGUCCAGUAAUUGUUCGCUGAGGACGGGUCACACACAGGUAUUAUUCACAUACCUAUUGUUGGUGCUGCACGCCGAGGGAGAACCACAAAGAAAUCCUUUACAGAGCGGUAACUGUAUCCGAGCUGAGGUCAGCGGGGCUUCUCAGCCUGAUGUAAAGCUCACAGUUCAGGGUCAGGAUUAUCCUCAUCGUUGGAUCAGAAUACUGUUACCGAGCACCGUAACCUCCCACAGGCUAGCCGGGGUGUCCCUCCUUACCGCCACCACCACCAGCCUCCCGAGCGUUCUGUCACGAUCGCACUUAACUUGAACUCACCUUGACCCCGCAAGACACCAGAUAGGAGGUAAAGGUGAACAGCUGAGACGCUGCUGUGAGGAUGUGCUCAGGUCAGGGUGCAGACGGACACAAACAGGAGAAGAAGUGGGACUAAGCACAUUUACAUUCUUCCUUAUUAAUGAGAGUGCACUUUGCUCAAGAUAAAACGUCUCAGUCUCUCCAGAGUAGUUAUGAUAAUAGGAACUGUAAGACACUCCAGGGAGAGUUAGAAACAGGGAUGAUGAAUGAGUUUUAUUAGAAGUGCUACUUCAUUAAACACACUGAAGGCAUGUUGUUCUGUAACAUAUCACAAGUAGAUAUAAAACAUGAGGACUGGUGAGUGAUUAAUCAUUAUAUGUGUGGAUGAAAUGGUACAAAGUGGACCGCUUUUCUCCGAGGGUGGCUGAACUGAAGAAGAGUUUGAAAAGACAAGCGUGCAUUUUAAGACUGAAAAUAUUUAAAGGUGGGGUAGGCAGGAUCUGAGGAAGUUCCAGUUUUUAGGAGAAAUCUUGAAUGUAAACUCUACUCCUCCGUAACAGUUUUCCCCUCAGCUCCUCCUCUCCCCUCCCUCUCUGCUCCAGCAAGCCCCGCCCACAAACAGACUCUCCUGCUUGCUCCUAUCAUUUUAAUUAAAUUCUGAUAUAAUGCAGAUAAAUACUUCAGAUCAUUACAAAUGGGGCCCAGUCAAGGUGAAAGUCAAAAGCAUUGGUGCUACUGUAGAUGCCAACAGACUACCAGCAAACACAAUGUUUGCAGGACUUCUACAACGAGGAUAAAGUGACAUAGUCCAGGACCCGAGGGAGGACAGUUUAGCGAUGGCGCUACAACACGCUACAGCAGGUCCGUUUGACAAGAAACACUUCUGUUACAGACACUUGUCUUACUUUGUUAAAGCGCCCGUUAUUCCUCCAGAGUCUCCGGUAUUUACUUUGUUUUCUUGCUUGUGUCGGCAGUCGUGGCCAAAGGAGGAUUCAGACAAUUUUCCGAACUUUCUGGUUGGUUUCUACUGUCUGAUAUUGUAGCACGCUAACUUUGUUUGGGCUCGUGAACGUUAUUUGAGGACGUGGAGCAAGCCUCAAAAUACGAGGGAGAAGCAGCCGCCUCACAACCAAUCAGGUUGGGGGAGGCGGAGAAUGCCUUUGUUUACAGUCAGAAAGAGCGGGCCGCUCAAAAAUUUGAUGACUACACAGACAUAACAAAACACAGCGAUAUCGCGAUAUUCCCAAAUGUCAUCAAUGACUAAUAGCUAUUGACUGAUAUUAAAAGUUUUUUUGUUUAUACACCACAAAAAAAGAUGCUUCUUUAACGGAUUCUUGCCUACCCCACCUAUAAUUACUGAUGAGUAGCUGAUUGUCAGAAUAGAGUAGCUUUGGCCCUAGUUGUAGCUGUAAAUAGUUGUAGUUUUGUAAACGGUUAUAAUGCAGAUUACAGUCUUUGGGAAGUCUUAAAAAUAAUGAAGCAUUCUUGGAUUUAUAAGAGUUUAUUCUUUUAUAUCACUGGCAUAAACCCACCAGCAAACACGCAGCCCAGUCUCCUCUCAGUCCAGGCUGUAAGAGUAACAUUUAAAAUCAUGUGUUUGUGUUAGGGUGCUCAUCUCUUUAAGUAAACCAAAGGAUUAUAAAACAGACCUUAAAGACUGAGGAAGCAGGUUUGUUUUCAGGUUUAUCUGCACACUGAGUUCCCACUAGCACGCCUGUAGUGCUCUUAAUCUAAUCUAAGCCGUGUCUGUCAUGACCUAUUGUUGUAUUAUUUGUAUCCGUGCUGCCACAAUAACUCUUGAAUGCGGCCGUGCCACAGUGCUGACAGCCAGAGCACUCACCUGAUGAGAGAAAUGGAAACGGAAACAUGAGUCCAUCCGAGCAGUAACGGCGUGUACUUGGCUCUGUUUGACUGGAUUUUAUGGAGAGGCUGUGAAGCACUUCCCAUUAAAAAAAGCCAACAUUUAAAAGACUCUUUCAGUGUUUUUCCUCCACAGUAUCACAGAAAGCUUUCUGCAUUUGUUUAUGUUGUGCUUAUCCAGGAUGGGUUUACCUGUGGACAGCCCAGACAGAAACGAUGAUGCGCUUAAAUACCAGCAGCUCGUCGAAGGAGAGGGGGGUGAAAGCCAAACUGAAGUCUGCAUCCGAAUCCCCCCACCCAUCAACCCGAAGAAGAGGAGAAAAGGCAAGAAGAGGUACUUUACUGCUGGAUCUCCUCCAUUUGCACUCCUGCAGUCAUUUCCCACUGCAGGUACAUUAUGUCUAAGCACCCUGACAGUUAUGAUUUUAUAACUUUGUCCUGGAGGCUCUGAAGUUUGUCUUUCCUGGCUCGUCCUCAUCGUUUUAAACGGGAAAAUGGGUGUAUAAUGAGGUUUUUGUAGGACCUCGCAGCAAAGCAGAAGUCUGUCCUUCUCUCUGUCUCUCCUCUCUUCCAGAUGACUGUGGAUCAACCUCACCAACUGCAAAUAUGAGAGCGGUACGUUUGGAUAACAAAUCAGGAAUGACCUUUAUUUUUCUCUCAUUUAGUGUGAAGUUUAACGUCAAUCUGCACUUGAUUCAUAUAGAAAAACUAAAUGAGUCAAAUUAUCUACAAAGUGCUCGACACAGACAUGUCAGAAAACGAGUAGAAAUACAGUAUGGGUGCAAAAACAGGUGUAUGUGAGGCUACAAUCUGAGUGUUUCAUAGUUGAGUUACCUGAGCUUUGUACAGACGUCAAAACCCCUGAAACUGUCUCAGUCUUGGAGCUUUACGCUGUCACACGGACACUAAAUAAUUAGUGUGAGUACAUUUGCGUGCUCUGCAGAGGAUCUCGGGAUUUUAUGGGUAAUAAAGCAGGAGAAGGUGUCUCUCUGCAUCUCAGUGUAAACUAGUAAUCCUGCCAUAAAGCCACCCACCUGUACAAAUCUGCAGGCUGCGGGAGGUGUGCGUCAGAAGAUUACACACUGAAUAUGUGAGGAAACAUCACUGCAGCAACAAGUGACGAGGCUGAAAACAGAAGAGUGUCACAUCUGAGCAUCUGCAUAUUUUUGGUCACUUAGUGUAUCAUUGAUUCCUGGAGUUUUUAUACAUAAGAUCAGCUUUUACCUUUUGUAAAUAAACAUGAGGUAAUUUUCUUCUUUUUGCUUGUGUCAGUGCGUCGUGCUGCUCGCCGAUAUGGCCUCCGGGAGGCGAUGGACGGUGAAGACUGGACGCUUUUCUGGACGGACUGCUCGGUGUCUUUAGACCGCGUUAAGGACAUGAAGCGUUACCAGGUAUUCCACUCAAUUUACCCGCACAAAAACACCUUCAGCACAUUAGUCUGAUCACCAUAGAGGAGCAAUUAAGCCGAAAUCAAAUAUACAAAUUAAACUGAAAAUGAAGCUUGAGGGACUCGUCGUCCUGCUCCGUCUAUUUGUUAUGUCUUAAGUUGUAAUUUAAAUUCUUCUGCUCGAUAUGCCCACUCACCAACUCAUAAAAAAGUAGAUUUUCAUUGAGAUUAUGAGAUGGGGUUGUUUCUUCAGGGCACAGUAUUCAUGGCUCAGGUGAUCAAUUUGUAAUCUAAUUGGGUAAUUCAGUUCAGGAACCGCUCUGCGCCAAAAAAUCUCCCCUGGAGGAGAAACAGGGAUCCGUUUAUUUAGUAGUUAUCUAAAAAAAAAACACCUGUGGAGACGUUCCUCACAUGCUCACAGAAUACCUCCUCCUGUGUGUGUCUCUGCAGAAAAUAAACCAUUUCCCAGGGAUGAAUGAAAUCUGCAGGAAAGACUCGCUGGCGAGAAACAUGAAUCGUAUGUUCAAGCUUUUCCCCAAAGACUACAACAUCUUCCCCAGGACGUGGUGCCUUCCUGCAGAGUCAGUGUGCUGAGAUUCUCCUCGUUCGUCGACUUAUCUCGGAUUUAAUCUGCGAAUUAACUUCCUCUCUGAUUGUGUUUUGUAGUUACAGCGACUUCCAAGCUUUCGCCAGGGCCAAAAAGGGCAAGACUUAUAUCUGUAAGCCAGACACCGGUUGCCAAGGGAAAGGCAUCUUCAUCACCAAAUCCAGUAAAGAUAUCCAACCUGGAGAGCACAUGAUCUGCCAGGUCUACAUCACAAAGGUGGGGGAACGUUUAAAACACCUGAGGUUGAAUCUGCACAUGAGCAGGAAGUUCAGUUUGUUUGAUUUUCUCUCUCUCUCCUUUCAGCCUUUCAUUCUCGACGGAUACAAGUUUGACCUGCGGAUCUACGUGCUGGUGACGUCAUGUGACCCGUUCAGUAUAUUCAUGUUCAGGGAGGGUCUGGCUCGCUUCUGCACCACCAAAUACAACGAACCGACGCACGGGAACGUGGUGAGCUAAAACAGAAACUGCAAAUGCCUCACAAAUCAGAAAUAUUCAUCUCUGUAAACCCCAUCUCCAAAGUUCCUGUCCUUUUCCAACUUUGAAACACACGUGCACUCUAAUUAAACAGCAAAGACAACACGCAACGGCCACAGCAACUCAACUCCUCAUCUAGAUUCCUGUUACAUGACACACAGCAUUUAUUACAGACGAGAGAUUUAUCGCAGCAUCCAAGCGUGAAGAGGAAACACUCAUCCUAUUACAGAUAUACAGUUACAACAUGAAGAACGGGGAUGCUGAUUGGCCUCAUAAGCAGAGUUAUCAGCUCUCUGAACAAACUGAAUGUGUCACAUACAGAUGAGAAGAAAAGAAACCUGGUAUUACAAAAAUAAAACAACUAUUUCAUAAAAUAAGAAAUCACAUCUUCUCCUCUGUUCAGGAUUAUUUUUAUCAUCGGUGGAAAAGAGUUCAUCACAAAUUUCCCGACCUUAUGAUGACUUGAUACUGAAAUAAAAUAAUAGAAAACUGUAACGUUGUAGAGCUGAAUAACAAAAAAAGGACCCAAAUACAGAACAAAAAAAAUAUUAAAAAGAACAAAAUAAAAAGCACCAAAAAACGAACACAAGAAGCAAAAUCCAAACAAAAAACACCAGGAGACAAACGAUGAAUAAUGACGAGCAACAGAUGAGGCAGACGAGACACAGGUGAGGCUCAUGAGUGAUUAACGAAGGAGGGAAAACUAGACAAGAAACACAAGGAAUCAAAAUCCUACAAAAUAAAACAGGAAAUAAACACUGAAAACUGAUCUAAAGAAUAAAAUACAGAGAAGAGGAGGGAAACAGGGUCAAAGACGAACUGAGAACUCUCAAGACUGGACUACAGGGGAACAGGAACACGAGGGAAAACAGACCAGGAUAAAAAAAACCAGGGUGUAAAGUUUUGAUGAACGGAGGGCAGAAAGGGUGUAGAGCAGGAUGGCAAAAUAAAGAGCACAAGACAACAGGUUCCAGAGCUCUGGUUUUUAUCUUUAACUGACACUUUACACUCAAAAACCACUGAGUCUCGAUCACCUGCAGCAAAGAAAUACUCCUGGUAAACGGCCACACUCCCAGGUGGAGCUGAUCCCCUUUAAUUACAGCAGCAGAGGAGACACAACCUGCCCCUCCCCCACUGCACACACUCACUGCCCCAAUUCUCACCUCGCCUCUCUCCCCUCAAGUCAAGUGGCCUUUAAAACAUAUUUACACAAAACAACAUGUACAAGUAACAAACACAAUUCAAUUGACUGAUAUACUAAUACAGCUGAACAGAAAUAUCUAAGAGACUGAAUGAAAAUAGACCUCAGUGGGGGGGAUGCUGUCCAGCUCCGUCACACUUCAGGGAAAAAAACUAAAGUAACAGAACAUACCAUGACAGAAAACUCCUGCGUCAUGAGAAUUUGAUCUUCUUUUUUUUUAAUAUUUGAGUAAAUAAUCAAUUUUAAAGUGUUUUAGUUUCAAUCUUCACAGUUCUGGAUCCUGUAACAUGACAUAAAGAUGUUUUUUUACCACCAUUCUUGCUUUAUUCACUUCUUUCUCAUCUAUUAAUUUAUCUGUUAUUUUUAUUUGCUUGUUUUUGAGUCUGCCUCCAUGCCUCCUUCUCCCUCCUGCGUUCCCUUAUUUGUUAAUCAAUUGUAUGUGCGUGCCAUUUAUCGAGUCGUACAGCUCUAAUAAUGAGAUGUCACCCACGUCUCCUCCUUCGUCUUCAUCAGGAUGAUGUGUGUAUGCACCUCACCAACUACUCCAUCAACAAGAACAGCGAGAACUUCGUCCGUGACGAGGACACUGGCAGCAAACGGUAAAAACAUCCGCCACGCUUCUCUUGUCGUCUCUCUAACGCUCUUCAUUCAUUUUAAACUCAAAGAUUGUUGUUUCUUUUUGGAUCUGCAGAAAGCUCUCGACCCUGAACAAACUCUUAGAGUCCACCAGCUGCAACACGGACAAGAUGUGGAGCGACAUCGAGGACGUGAUCGUGAAGACUCUGAUCUCUGCUCACCCCGUCUUAAAGCACAACUACCACACCUGCUUCCCCAAUCACACCACCGCCAGCGCCUGCUUCGAGAUCCUGGGCUUUGACGUGCUGCUGGAUCACCGGUUCAGACCCUGGGUGUUGGAGGUGAAAACCAGAACCCUCAUAUCAACCUUUAGUUUCAGAAAAGUUACAGUAAACACAACAUGGCACCGAUAAAAAUUGACUUUAAGUAUCUUAAACAAGACAGUCAGUCGCUGUAUUUGUUUGUGUCCAGGUGAAUCACUCUCCGAGCUUCACGACCGACUCACAGCUCGACCGCGAGGUGAAGGACGCUCUGCUUUACGACACCCUGGUUCUCAUCAACUUAGGGGCCUGCGACCGCCGCAAGAUCACCAAAGACGAGCGACGCCGGGUGAAGGACAGACUGCAGCAGAACAGCACCAGAGAGGCCAGGUAGGGCUCUGUCAGGUACAAAUGGGCAUGCGGUUUUUACGACUAAGGUCACACACCCGCGACUGAACGCUGAUCGUGUGAUGCGCCACCAGGUCAGAGGAGCUGCGCCAGUGCCAGGCAGCCACGGUGGAGCAGAUGGAGAGGUACGAGGCCAAACACCUGGGGGGCUUCAAGAGGAUCUACCCCAGAGAGGGAGGAGAGAAAUACGACAAGUACUUCAAACACAGCAGCUCGCUCUUCCAGGAGACGGCGGCGUCCAAGGCCAGAGAGGAGUGUGCCAGGUACCUGCGGUUUAGGACAGAGCUGAGAGCAUGAAGGUGUCUUUGUCUUGAUGAUGGUGGAAAACUGUGACGAAAACAGGAGGAGAACAAACUGUAGAGGUCUCCACCGUGUUCAAAAAAAUCACAUUUUUCACUUAUAAUGAGCCAACAUUCAUUUUUAAAUCACUUUGUAUGAGGAGUAAUGAGUGCCACACGACUUCUUUAGUCUUUUUUUGAUGGUUCAUAAUGACCUGUUUACUGGUUUGUUUCCAGUUACCUCACACUGGGACAGCUCCACUUCUAAAAGAGCUGGAAAUGAUAAUGUUGAUACCUCUUUAUGUGACGUCACAUUCAUCCAUUCACACCUCAUUCACACACUGAUGAUGGCAGAGGCUCAUCUCUAUAGAGACCUUUAGUAUUUGACUUAAACCAUUCACAUAUAGAGUCAGGUGCAGCCAGCAGGAUCAGAUCAGGUCAAUAAUCCUACCCAACGACACCGACUCGACCCCUGAGCUGCAGCCGCCCCUGAGUAAAACGCUGAUAAAAAAAGAUUUUUGUAGUUUGCUAUAAAAUAUUUAAUCAAACAUCAAAAUCAAAGACAACAUCUUUAAUGUUUAAACUGAUUGAUUUUAAUUGUUUUAUGAAAAAUCUAUAAUCGUUUAAAAUUUGAUGUCAAUAACGUCUUUCAAACGAGUCGUGACGGGAGAACACGACUCUGAAAAGUUUAGUAAUAGUGAAAAAAUACCUGUUGUUUGUACAUCAUUCAUGCUGUAUCCAUACUGUGUGUUUAAAGUCAGAGUCUCAUGAAUUAAUUAAAAUUAAAAUAAGAAUAUAUUAUUUCAUAAAACAAUACAAUUUAAAAUUUCAGCAUCUAAUUUAAGAAGCUGUCUUUAAAUUUUGAGGCUCAAAUGAUUCGUAAACACUCAAGUUUUGUUUUUAUUCAAAUGUAUAAAGAACUUUUUUGGAUUUUUGGAUUUUUUUAGUAUAAAGUCUUAAUUCUUAUAAUAAAUACAGCUGUCAAAUUAAUGUCUAAUUAACUCAACUUGUACAUAUGAGCACUUUAUUAAAUCUCUAAUUGAAUAAGUCAAUUUAAAGAGCAGAUUUUUAGCAAUAAGGCGGUUCAGAGUGAAUCACAAAAGACUCAAAAAUACAUUUAAAAAACAUACAUUUAUUAUCGUUGUGUGUUUUUUGUGUGUUUUUGUGUGUUUAGACAACAGCUGCAGGAGCUGCGUCUCAAAGAGGAGCAGAAGGAGAGAGACCUGAAAGGAGGCCGCAGGAAAGAGCUGCAGGGGGAGACGGCGGGGGAGAGAGUCAAACCGCCAAGACGAGCAGAAACUGUUCAGGCCCCCCACUCAAACCCUGACCCUGAGCUGCAGCCGGUGAGACUAAAGGUGCAGUUCACAUGUGUGUCCACAAGAGGGAGUCAAACAGCCUCUGGUCCUGUGAUGAAUGGAUCAUAGUCCAGCUGACCCCCUUCUGGAUAAAUGUACUUUAGGAGAAUCUAAAUAAAGGUGGAGUCAUAUUUGACGCCUGUUGUUUGAAAUGAAAAUAUAUUUUCUGGUUGAUGCAGGUGGAGGAGAAACAAACUGUGUUAUCAGGGUGAUUCAGUGACAGUAAUGGACAAUACAUGUUACACACCAGUGAGAGUGAGGCCGUAAAAAUAAAUCCAGACUAAUGUUUCUCUGCAGACGCCUCUGUCCGGAGCGGAGGGGAAUCCUGGAGCUGCAGAAGUUCAGGAGGAGGAAGGAGAGGAGGACGACGACAAGGAGAAAGAGGCGGACGAGGAGGAAGAGGAGCGGGUGGACGCUCUGCUCCGGAGGAAGAAACUGUUGGAGGACCUGGGAGUGGUGGACCAGAUCCAUGAGCUGCUGAAAAGCCAGAGAGGAGGACGAGGAGGAGGAGGAGGAGGAGGAGGAGGAGGAGGAGGAGGAGGAGGAGGGAGAGGAGGGGGAGUCCUCCUCCAGAACAAAAAAGACCCCUGCAGCCACCAGCAGAGUAAAGCCGCUCAACAGAGACAACAGCAGACCAAGGUGAGACUGGACUGCAGGGUCCAAUGAGAGAUAAAAUCAUGAGAAUAUUUCUAUGAAUUAUUCUCUGAAUUCUUUUUUUUUUCUGUAGGUAAUAACUGAAGUUCAUUUUUUCACUCUUCCCUUGUUCACUCGUUGUUUUCUGGUGUUGCAGUUGGACUUGUUGACUCAGUUUUCUCAGAGGACAAAACAACAGACUCCCUGCAUCCAAAUCCCACGACAGGUACCUCAAAAACACCCCAUCAGUCAAAACCAUCUCAGAAUAAUCCGGUUUAUAUCAUGAAAUUAGGAUGCCUCGGAAAAUUUUUAAACUGUGACUUUUAUUAUCAAAAUUCAUUUUUAAUUUUAAGCCAGAAAAAAAAAAUUGUUGUAAAGAAAACGACAAAACCAGAACCGACAAAACAUCUCCUUAAAAAAAUCUGAAUAAAUUCUGAAGAAAAAAGCAGAAAGGAAAAAUUUUCUCUGAUUAUUUUAGUUUUUUUAUGUUUUUAUAUGCUCUAAAGUAAUUGCAAAUGAAUUUCUUAUUAAACAGUGUAGUGAAAAGGAAAAGAAAAAAAUCAUUUUCAGUUUUUUUAAUUUUCCAACUUUUGUCUGCUUUACAUUUUAAACCCUAAAAACAUCAAAUUUACAGCCAUACCUUAAAAAAACAGAAACCAAAAAUUUGGCAAAAUCAACAAUAUCUCACUCAAAAUACAAUUAUUACAAAUAUCUGUUUUUUAGUUAUAAACUUGGUUCACUGUUCGGUGGUUAAAGUUAAAGUGUGUCCUCAUAUAGAGGCUGUUGUUUCUCUUUGCAGCGGUCACCGGUUCGAUUCCCGGCUGUAUAUCAUCCCCCCUCUCUUUAUCUGUCCUGUUGACUAAAAUCAAAAAUUCCCCCUAAAAUAACUUAAUAAAUAAAAUUAUCAUCUGUGAAUCAACACGUGUUUUUUACUUAAAUUUCAACACUUCAUAAUAUUUUUAAUUUCCACGCAGAAACAUUUAAAACAACAAAACAGUGAAAAGAAUCAGAGGAGUGACUGUUUUUAAUGACCAGUGUUCAGUUAUUCUGAUGUAGAUUUAUAACAACUUCACUUAUUCUGAAUAUCAAAUAUAAAGGCUUAAAAAAACAUAAUAAGCAGAUGAAUCAGGAAACAUAAAAAUCACAUGUUACUCUCUAGAACGUCUGAAACUGUAAAUGUAAAUGUGACUGAAAUGUCUCACAGCAGCAGCAGCACCUCCACUCUCACGUGACUCAGCUGCGCCCCUGGCCCACCCUGGACCCAAGGAGCCUGAACGAGUCCGGCUACCUGCAGACCGAGCCUGAGGGCCCCCAUCAUCAUCAUCAUCACCAUCACCACAGGCCAACAGAGGCAGACAGGACCUUCAGCGCCCAGCGACACCUCUGGCCAGGUAAGCAGCACACACCUGAGACUGGAGCAGAAGCAGGUUAAACAGUUUUAAAUAUUUUGGAUGUGAGUUUUUUUUUCCUUUUGAGGUUUUUUUUUCCACAAUAGUUGUAGUUUUAUAGAUUUUUCUUUGUUGUAGCUUUAUAAUUUAGAAUUUUUAGUUCUUCUUGAGUGUUAUAUUGAGAAAAAAUGUAGAGAUAUGGAACCAAAACAAAAAGGAAGAGUGAUCUGCAAAUAAAACUCGCUGAUUGAAUCAGAAAUGUUAAAUAUUUUCUAAUUUAAAUGAAGUUUUUGUUGUUUUUUUGUUCCUCAUUGUUUGUCUUGUCUUGUAAAAGCUCUUCUCCUGUUUUUGUUAAAUUAAUUUCACACAGAAUCCAACAUUUCUCAUCAAUAAACAUCACUUUCUCCUCAGCUCAACAGAUUUUAUUUUCUUUGUUGACUCUCGUCUGAAUUAUGUUUGGUUUUAUCCUCCGUACCUCUGCGUUGGUUCCUCCCUCACCUCUCCUCCUCCUCUCUGGUUUCUCCUCCUCAGCCGGCAGCAGCUCUCUGUCUCUGCAGGACAACAGGAGCCGCUCCCACGCCGAGGCUCGCCCCCGUCCCAGCGUCCCCGUCAUAAACCACCACGUCGUCCCCAGAGGAGGCCUUCACUGCAGCACCCACACGUCCCACGACCCCGCUGCCCUGCAGGGCCUGCUAGUCAUCUCCCCUUUAGUCCAGAGACCUGGUUUCUCUCACAUCGUACCAAACUCCUCCCGCAGAGCCCCCCAACACGGGAAAAAACAGUGA